GGCAGGGACUGCAGAGACAGCAGCUGCCAGCAGGUGCCUGAAGGCAAAAGCGGCCCUUUCGUGCGUGCAGCAAGGAAAGUGCACCAGGCCCAUUCCGGAUGGGCGGUUCCCCCCCAACUGAAUUUCGGGAUAUCUCCUUCUCCUCCUCUGGUGCACGAUUCAGGAAGGGAGUCCAGCGACCGCCUGUUAUUAAUUUUGUUUGACUUACUAGAUUUAUAUCCUCCCAGUAGGAGUCCAGGGCGGUAGCUUUGCUGGGUCGGUUGUUGUCUGAGGACGGCAUCUCUGCCCCACCCGGACAGCUCAGGGUAGAUUGCAAUUUAGCCUUUCCCCGUGUUCUCUUCCCAACAACCCCGCGAGGUAGGCCAAGCUGAGAGGCUAGAGGGAUUCAAAGCCGGGGUUACCUGCCAGGAGAGAGAAGGACGAGCAGCACACGAGCGAGCCAGUCGCGCCUGCCCAACUUCGGCGGCAGGUGCUGCUGCUGCGUCUGCCUGCGCCAAGGCGCGGCGAGCCGCCCUCGGUUCCAAGCGGCCGCUGCCACAGCUCUGCCCGCCCAGCCGCAGCUCGCCUCAUCCUCGCGGCGUCUCCAGCGCAACAGCUUAUUUUUUUUUUUUACCCUGCUAGGAUUUCAGCCACGCCGCGCUGGAAGCAGGUGCAAGGGGUCUGCGCAGGAGGGCAUGAGGACAAAGGAUUGCAAAGGGGCGCUUUGGAGAGACGCGGGGAGCGCUGAAUUUUUAAAAAUUCUCUCUCCCCACGAGAAAGACAGGGACGAAUAAAGCGCUCCCCCUCCUCCUUUGCCAGCAACAGUUUACCUCCCCAAGUGGCUGCGCGUAAAGGGGGUGGGGGAGGAAGGAGCGAGAAGGCUGGAGACUCCAGACACCCAGGCCCUGUUCCUUCCCCCCCCUCGCCUAGCCCCUUUGCUGCAGCCGCCGCUGCCAGGAGAGAAAAGGACGAGCUGCGCACGAGCGAGCCAGUUGCGCCUGCCCAACUUCGGCGGCAGGUGCUGCUGCUGCGUCUGCCUGUGCCAAGGCGCGGCGAGCCACCCUCGGUUCCAAGCGGACGCUGCCACAGCUCAGCCCGCCCAGCUGUAGCUCGCCUUGUCCCCGAGAAGCCGCUCGCAGACAGCGGAAGCAGCUGCCUGGGCGAGGAGAAGCCGGCCGAGGCUGCCCAGGCGAAGCCGAGCCGAGAGGACGCUCCCACCUGCAGGCAGCCUCACAGCCAGGUGGUGAGAAUAAAAGAGCGAGUGGAAGAAAAAGAAGACAUCCCACCACAACAGCAGCGCCUCAUCUACAGUGGCAAGCAGAUAUAGCUGGGACGAGGUCCAGAACAUCCAAGAAGCACGCACAGCAGGAUCUUGGUAGGCAUGCCUUUAUGGAAUCAUAUGGCUUCCUUUAUGGAAUCAAUCCAUGUCUUGUUUGGCCUUCAUCUUUUUCUACUCCCUGCUAUUUUCCCAAGCAUUAUAAAAGAUUAUUCUUAUUUUGUAUAAUAUUUUAUAAGACGUUUCAUCUUGAUGCAAUUAAAAACCAUUCAAUUGCUUCAGCAGGCAAAGAAGUCAUUAAGUGGUCUGCCAAGACCCUCAGUAAUGUUCAAGUAGUGGUGGUGGUGAGUUUGCAAAUCCCUGGUCUAUCGCCUUGCUGUCUGGUUGUGAGCUUACAGGAUGCAUUUGACUGGCCAGGGUUGGAUGCUGGGUUUGAAGAACAUAAGGACAGCCCUGCUGGAUCAGCCAAAGGCCCAUUUAGUCCAGCGUCUUGUUUGCAAAGUGACCACCUAUAUGCCUGUGGGAAGCCCACAAGCAGGACCCGAGUGCAGCAGCGCUGUCCCCACUUGUGAUUCCCAGCAAAUGGUACACAGAGCCAUACAGCUUCUGAUAUGAAGGGACUUUACCCUGAUCCAACAGGGCUCCUCCAGCAGCAUUGUGGCAUACUUGUGUGCAGGGCUGGAUUACCCACUAGGCCCCUGCAUUAGUGCCUAUGAAACUGCUACAGAUAUACAAGAUAGUUUGGGUUCUACAAAAUAAGUUAAUUAAUGCAAAUUCUUGUCUGAUGUAGCAGUUUAAUAGUGGAUUAAAUGUCUGGUGUGAAUGUGGCCUGAGUUUCAGUAAGUGGAGGAAAGCUGAAUGACGCAGAGGAAGCCAAGGUUCUGUUGGAACGCCUCUCCCGAUAUGAACCUACCCGUACACUGCGCUCCACAUCAAAGGCUCUCCUCCGGGUGCCUACUCAGAGGGAAGCUCGGAGGAUGACAACGAGAAAAGGGGCCUUCUAAGUGGUGGGUCCCGAAUUAUGGAACGAUCUUCCUGAUGAGAUGGCUACAACCCUCCAUGGGCCAGAAAAAACUAAGACACUUCUUUUCUGAAGGCAUCAGAACUGCACCUCCCAAGAAAUGUCCCUAAUGUCCUAGUAAGAGUUCUACCCGGAGGUUGAAGGGUUACGCUGGCCCUUUGGUAUGUGUUGCUGUGGUUGGUAUGGUAUUGCAUUUAGGAAAGCAUCACUGUCUUGUUUUUUCAUUUUCUGUUAGCAUUUCAUGUACCUUUGACCCUCCUCCCUUACAUCCAUAGAAGCAACAACAGUGGUUCCAUGUGGUCAGCUCAACCCCAAAAAACCCAUUGAUGAUGUGCCUUGUUGGAUGCAUGAUGGUUUGUUUUUUGCCCACUAAUGGUAAAAGAGAAUUUACAUAUUUGGAAGUGUGGCUGCAGUUGUUGUUCACAAGCUGUUGCCUGUGAAGAUAGAUCAAACCAUGGGUGUUUUUUCUCUGUUAGUUAUUACUCACUAGAUGUUGGUUGUCUUUCAAAGUGAUUUUAUAGCUGCCCACAACAGGGUAGCUAAUAAAUUGUAGAUAAUCUUCUUAACAAUUACUCAUUCCUGUCACUGCAGCGAAGGAUUUUCUGUGACGAACUUUGGAGAAUCAUUUGAUUGACUUGUGAAGCACAGUCAACAGCACUGUGGUGCUGUUGUGCUGCACAUCUGUUGUUUUAAUGCAGCCAGAAGGAGAGAAGCCGAAGAAGAAAUAUGCAGCAUCAUUUCAGACUGAAUGGUUGCAGCAUGAUAAUUUCAAAGACUGGAUCGUAAAAGUAGAUGACUCUCUUGCCAGAUGCAAGUACUGUAAUUCUACUUUCACUGUGAAACACGAUGGUGUCAAGGCCGUUCGGAGACACAAGGAAAAUGCUGCACACAUUAGAGCCUCAAGAACGGUGCAUCAGAGUGCUGCCAUGACAUCCUUCUUUGCAAAGAAGAGUACACCAGAAAUGCUCCGUGUUGCUGCUAUAGAGGUUAGCAACGUGUAUCAUGCAGUUAUGCACCAGCACAGUUACAUGAGCACGGAUUGUGGAAUGAAACUGAUUUCCGCAACGAUCGAGGACGCUGCUCUUGUUAAAAAACUGCACUGUGGAAGAACCAAGGCAGAGUGCAUUGUUGAAAACGUGCUUGGACCAAAAUCAGUAGAAAAUGUGGUGCUGGCACUGGGUGGACGUUCCACUGAAAAAGUUCCUUUUUCAAUUGCCACGGAUGCUUCUAACAAAGGCAACCGUAAAAUGUUUCCUGUGGCUGUGCGUUACUUUGAUGCUGACCUUGGAGUCCAAGAGAAACUGCUGGACUUCUAUGAGUUACCAUCAGAGACUGCCGUUGCCAUCAGCAAUAGCCUUCUGAAGACUGUGACUGAUCUGGGAUUAUCUGUUGAAAAUAUAGUGGCUUACACUGCAGACAAUGCUGCUGUCAAUUACGGGGUAAGGAACUCUGUAUUCCAGUUCCUAAAGCAACAGAAAAGUUCCAUUGUGAAGGCAAACUGUUUUUGCCAUGUUCUACACAAUGCUGCCAGAAAUGGCUGGUUUAACAGGAAGUACGAUGUUGCGUAUCUGGUUCAUAAGGUAUACACGGAGUUCUCCAGGAGCACCCUUAAAAAUGAGAAACUGAGGGAAUGCUUUGAUGAGCUAGGCAUGCAGUACCGUGCAGUAAUUAAUCAUGGAAACACACGGUGGCUCUCUCUUUUCCCAGCUGUUGAGCGGCUACUCCAAUUGUGGCCUGCUAUAAAAUCCUAUUUCCUGGAGCUUGGGGAAGAGCAGACCGAUGAGAUGAUAUGGAACUUUAUUGGAGACCAGGCAGAUGAGGCAACUGGUGACACAACUGAAAAGAUUUCUGUCCCAGAAUGUUACCUCUACUUUGUGCAUCACUACAUGCAACUGUUUCAUGAGACUAUUAGUAUUUUGGAAAGAAAGCACUCAGUAAGUCCACACCUCCACACCUUCAUGUGCAGCUUGAGGGAGAAGCUGGUAAAUCGUGUGGAUAACAGAUUUUUUGGAGCAAAUGUGCUUUCUGGUCUAAAACACCUCCCUGAAUCUCAACGUGCAUCUUUCACUACAGAUGCUCUCCAGAUGUACAAUUGGGCAAUAGCACACCUUGGUAAAUGGUAUGAUUUUGAGAACUCACAAUUGAAAGAGUUCACAGCCUUUGAUCUGGACAGAGAGUCAGAUGAGCUAACAGUGGACCAUGUUAGUAAAGUGGCUUCAAAUCUGGCCAUUGAAGUUGAUGUUGAUGGACUUUUUGAUGAACUUUGCCUGGUUAAAAAGUUUGUGCCUGAGGUCAGAACAUCUGAUCUUCCUCUGGAUGAAAAAUGGGUGCAGUUGCUGAAGAGCAUCAGAUCAAGAAUUCUGGUGAAGGUUGUCAGUGCAGUGUUUGCCAUACCAGUAAGCAAUGCUUUCGUGGAGAGAGUGUUUUCCCUCAUGGGCAACGUAUGGACUGACAACAGGAACCAUAUGUUAUCUUCCCUUGUGAAAGCAUAGCUUUGUGUCAAAUUAAACUUUGGCAUGAACUGUGCUGAUUUUUUCAAAUAUGUGAAGGAAGAGCAAAGGUUGCUUAAAGCUUGUGUUUCAAAUGAGAAGUACAAAUUCUAAACUUAGUCUGUUUAGUUAUUUAACACCAGUUACUACAGUGAAAGCACCUUGUUCAUUCUUUCUGUUUUUCUUUUAUAAAGAGUAAUACUGUUUAUAAUGUUUAUAAUGGUUGAAAACAUCCCUUGGAUGUCAUCCACUUCUCUUUUGUAAGAGAGAUAAAUGUCUAAAUCCAGCUGCUAGUCCCAACUACAGUAGACCCAUUGAAUCAAUGGGAAUUUGGUUAAUUGACACCAUGUAAAUUCCAUUGUCAUUUGGGGGUUGUUAUGUUGGAGGGCUGCCAUGCUGUCAAUUGGGGGGGUUACUACGUGGA